CAAACAAACGACUUUUCGUUACCCUCGCAAGGCUGAGAGGCCCUCCUAGUGUGCGUCGUACUUUUAUGGCAUGGAAGAGCAGACUUCGAAAGUAAUCUCCAACUUCCAGAGAAAAAUCUUUGUUCCGGUGAAUGGGCAAGUGGAGAGGAGGAGUUUCCCUUCUCUUCCACCACAUAACCUUUUCUUCCAAAUCUCUUCUUGCCCCAAACCCUCCAUUCUUUUUCUCUCCUUCUUCUUCAAUACCCAAGUCUCGUUUCUUCAGUUUCAGAGCUUUCUCCGCUCUCCCAUCUCGAAUCUCGAUCGAUACCGGCGAAUUCGGUUCUGGGUCUUUGUAUUUUGAUCGAAACUAUGGAUUUGGACCCAAGGAAGACGAAGACUCUGGAAAAAUUCCCGUCAAAGCUUACUUUCUUUCCACCAGUAUAAAUUUGAAAAGCAUUCAAGCUGAGAACUUAAGCAACGUAGUCCCUGCAACGUCUCGCUCGUCAAAUUAUAUUGCCCUCAGAUAUUACGAUAUUCCUUCACAAACUACUGGAUUUGGAUUAAAGCGGAAUUUGAACUGCUUCCGUUAUGUGGUCGUAUUCCAAUAUGGAUCUGCUGUUUUGUUUAAUAUCGAAGACGAUGAAGUUGAAAGUUACCUGGACAUGGUUAGGAGACAUGCUUCUGGAUUGCUUCCAGAGAUGAGAAAGGAUGACUAUGCCGUGAAAGAGAAGCCACUGAUGAGAGAGGACAUGCUGGGAGGGGCUGACUACAUUGUUCUCAAAACAUUAGACACCGAUGGAGUCCGCAUUAUUGGAAGCGUUCUUGGCCAGAGUAUUGCUUUAGAUUAUUUUGUCUCACAGAUUGACGGUAUGCUUGAAGAAUUCGCAGACAUAAAUCGCAGGAUGGAGAAAACUGGAACUUUCACCAUGGACAAGAAGAAGCUUCUACAACUUGUUGGAAAAGCAAAUUCAAAUCUAGCAGAUGUAAUUCUCAAAGUUGGUCUUUUCGAGAGAUCAGAAAUUGCUUGGAGGGAUGCGAAAUAUGCUCAAAUAUAUGAAUACCUUCGAGAGGAGUACGAGGUCACACAACGCUUUGGUAACUUGGAUUUCAAAUUAAAGUUUGUUGAGCACAAUAUUCAUUUUCUCCAAGAAGCCCUCCAAAACAGAAAGUCGGAUUUCUUGGAAUGGUGUAUCAUUGGCCUGCUGACCAUCGAGAAUGCCAUAUCCUUGUACGAGAUCAUUCGUGAUACAACUGCACCUCCUUUGUGAUUUGACAAGCAGAUGAGAACUUUUCAAGCAGCUGAAAAUAGAUCUCUUGAAGCUAAUAUCCAUUGAAAACAAUUGUUGAUUAAUUUUAUUGCUAUAGAAAUUCUCUGCUAAGCUUAUUAUUCUUUUUUCUUUUUUGGAAAAUAACAAAAAAAAUUUCAGUUGUUCCAUAGCAAGAAAAAGUGAAAAGCCGGAGAAACGGCUAUGACAAGUGUUGAACUAUGAUCCAUUACUCAACUUGUAUGUUUCAUUUCAUAUCCAA